AUGAAAUUCCUGGUGUUUGCUGCAUUGAUCGUUGUCAGUGCUGGCUCGAUUAUGCAAUAUCCAGCAAAGAUUGGUGACUUUAUCGAGAUCCCAUUUGGUCCUGAUGCAAGGACUUGGAAACGACAACUCAAUGGCGGAGAAGUGCAGUUCUUGAAAGCUUGCGCCAACAGCGAUAACUCGGAUCGAUGCACGCAUUGGUCGGAUGAGGAUGGAGUCGUUUUAUUGUCAAGUCCAAAAUCAAGAGCUUUCAACAAUGGGACGCUUCACAUUUAUCACUUUGGAAAGUCGGAUGUUGGUACUUAUUCAAGUCCUGAGAUCAAGGGGCGGACAUUUUCGGUCCCUGGUGGAGGCAUUGGUGGAGUUGCCGGACCUGUCGUCGACGUCUUCAUCCAAGAA